AUGAGAUGUAGCGAGCACAUGCAGGCAGUAAUCACCGUGACUCGGUCGUCCGAAUGUCUCAACACAUCGAUCCAGAUUCAACUGAGCAAGUUCGCAGUUCGCAUACUUACAUCUUCAAGCUUCACCCCAGCGCACUUUUUUCGCCAAUUUAAGAAUCAAGUCAUGGUCAAGGUCAAGUCAAGUUAUGUCAAAGUCAAGGGAAUAGAUCCCGAGAUAAGGAUAUGCAAGUUAUUUUCGCGCAUCAGCCGUCGACCGUCGAACAGCGAUUGA